CAUCCUCCUCCUCACUCCCUCGAGGCCGGUGACUUCGCAUAUCUUCCUCCCCCUCCCCCUCCCCGCCCCUCUACCCUCUCCUGUCGCUGUGUUGGAUCUCUAGUAAUUGCUCUGUGAGCCGCGUCAUUCUUUCACCUCCACUGUUCGCCAGCCAGCCAUGAGGGUGUGUGGGCUAUGACCCUCUCGGUUCUUCGCUGCGAUUGUUGCGUCCCACCCUUCCUCAUCUCCCUCAUCUCCGCCGCUUGCCACCCCCCAAACCACCCAAAGUAAUAUCUAUAGAUUCUUUCUUCGAUCUCUGUCUAACUCCGGUAUAUGACCUGGGAGAGACUCCCUCAACCUAAACCGAUUACCGUGUCAAACGCAAUAUACCCAAAUUUAAUCGUUCCCCCGUACCGUACUAUCCGUUCCUUGGCUCUCUCUUUCUCUGUUGUCAUUGUCUCUGUCAUAGCCGUGUCUGUUGCAUCCCUCGCUUAGGGUACCAGGUAUUGGUAGUACUUCGAUCAUGGCGGAUUUAGGUGCUCAGCAAGGUCGCAAUUACCGACCACCCCCCCAGUAUGGGCAUGCGUCCUCUUUUCAGCGAGACGCCGCUUACUCAGAGAUUUUCGGCGCGACCCCGACUGGCCGUGCGCAGACAAUGACUUCGCAAACUCCUCCCUUCGUUCAAGACCGCGCACGCACCAUGUCCUCUCAUACGGCGGGCGAUCCCUAUAUGCAUCCUCGAGUCGCUCCUUCGCCGGCGCCGCCGUCACAUAUGCGUCAGUCUGCCAACGGAUACGGACCUCCCCCAAAUGAAUAUAACAACCACCGCCCUCCUCCACAGUGGCAGCCAAAUGGGCCUUAUCAUCAUUCUCAACCACCGCCUCAGAACCUUCCUCGCCCUUACCCGGGCCGCCCCCAAUACCCUCAGCCCCAACGCCUGGACUCAAGGCCCAGCCCAAUGCAACCACCUUACCCAAACAAAGUUCCUGGCAGGCCUCUUCCCCCCCCAGCACUGAACUCGGAUCAAUACAGAUCUCGUUCCUUGGCUCGAAUGGGUGGCCCCCCUAUGUAUCAUCAACCUUCUCCCCCGAGUAACUUCAACCAUACGUCGGCAAACGCGUUUCGACAACAGCCAUACCACCACCCAGGUUCCAUGACUCCACAAGGCCGGGUUGUUCCGGAAAGGCGUGACGACGAACGCUCCAUGUCCAUGAGUUCUUAUACGUCCAACUUCGAUCAUGCCCAGACUAUCAACUCAGGACGGAUUGUUCCAAGUAGGCGUCGAGAGUCGGGUAUGGAAAGAGAGCGGAUAGAGCCACCACUUGCAGGGCAACCCAUUUUAGAACAGCCUAUUCCUCCGAUGAUUCAUGGACAAGAUCCGCAUGCUAGAAUAAGACGCCCGAGUGAAACAUCGAUCAACUCUCGCACAUUUUCCAUGGCAUCCACUGUCACCCCGGAACGAACUACUAGCCUACAACCUGGCAACUCCGUCGUGCCUAAGCCGGCGAGUCAACCACAUCCCACACCACAUCAUAAUCGUAGAUCUCCUCUCGUCUAUCCUGCUUUGCUUUCCCGGGUGGCUACUGUGUUCAGAGAAAGGAUCUCGGUUGGAGAACGGCUUAAAAAUGAUCUAGCAUACACUAACGCUUUCACCGGGGCGGAAGCGGUCGAUUUGAUAUCCUACAUUAUCAAAACGUCUGACCGCAAUUUGGCCUUGCUGCUUGGCCGUGCGUUGGACGCUCAAAAAUUCUUCCACGAUGUCACUUACGACCAUCGGCUAAGAGACGCUCCAGGAGAGUUAUACCAGUUUAAGGAAACAAUGGGCGAAGAAGAUCCAGUUUCCGAGGUCAACGGCGUCUUUACCCUACUUACAGAGUGCUACUCUCCAACAUGUACGAGGGAUAAAUUAUGCUAUUCCAUUGCCUGCCCAAGGCGACUUGAGCAGCAGGCACGGUUGAACCUUAAACCUCAGCCUGGAUUAAGAUCCUCCGCGUCCAAGGGAAGCUUGCAUGACAAGGAUGACAACGAUGACCAGAAACUCUGGAUCAAUAUGGUUCCCAAAGAGGUUGCUGACAGCAUUGAUGACCGGGAGAAGAAGCGUCAGGAGGUCAUCUUCGAGAUCAUGUAUACUGAACGUGAUUUCGUUAAAGACUUGGAAUACUUGAGAGAUUUCUGGAUGAGGCCCUUGCGGUCUGCCAACAAUACUAACCUUUCCCCGGUUCCGGAACACCGCCGGGAAAAAUUCAUUCGAACAGUAUUUUCAAACUGUUUGGAGGUCUUGGCUGUUAACUCUAGAUUGAGCGAAGCUCUGAAUGCUAGACAGAAGGAGUCCAUUAUAGUGAAGACAGUUGGAGACAUUUUUCUCCAAUUUGUACCACGUUUCGAUCCCUUCAUCAAAUAUGGUGCUAAUCAGCUGUACGGAAAAUACGAGUUUGAAAAGGAACGAGCAUCGAAUCCCGCAUUUUCCAAGUUCGUUGACGAGACUGAACGUCUCAAGGAGUCAAGAAAGCUCGAGUUGAAUGGGUACCUCACCAAACCUACGACUCGAUUGGCAAGAUAUCCGCUGCUUUUGGAACAAGUUGUGAAGAACACUGCGGAUGAUAAUCCCGACAAAAAAGAUAUCCCCAAAGCUAUUGCUAUUAUUCGAGAUUUCCUCUCCCGCGUCAACACGGAGAGUGGAAAAGCUGAGAACCAUUUCAACUUGGUGCAACUGAAUAUGGCCUUGAAAUUUUCGCCUGGAGACUAUGUUGACUUGAAGCUCACCGAGGAAAAUCGAGUGAUGUUGACCAAGAUGGCUUUCAAAAAAGGUCCAACUGACUCGGCUGAGGUUACUGCAUAUCUAUUCGACCACGCAGUUCUAUUGGUUAGGAUUAAGGCAGUCAAUAAGCGAGAAGAAUACAGGGUGUACAGAAAACCUAUCCCUCUUGAACUUCUCGUUAUCACCCAAAUGGAAGAAGUACUCCCGAAACUAGGCCUCGCAAAACGACCCUCUGGAAACCUUAUCUCGGGUGCCAAGGCUACCAGCAAUACCCCCACUUCCUCCAAGGACGGCUUUUCCAUCACGUUCCGACAUCUCGGCAAGGGAGGCUACGAUCAAACUCUAUAUGCUACUUCCUCGACGCAGCGAAGGAAGUUCAUCGAGCUUGUCGGGGAACAGCAACGAAAAUUAAGGGAAAGGAAUAGCAACUUUUACUCAAAGACCAUCCUUUGCGAGAAGUUUUUCACUUCUGUUAAUCGAGUUAACUGUUUGGUGCCUAUUGAUGGCGGGCGAAAAUUGGUCUACGGCACCGAUAGUGGCAUAUACAUUUCAGAGAGAUGGCCAAAGGACAAGUCGGCUAAGCCACGGCGCGUCCUUGACGCAAGCGGUGUGACUCAAAUCGACGCCCUUGAAGAGUACCAGUUACUCUUGGUGCUUGCCAACAAGACUCUGAGCUCCUAUUCGAUGGAAGCGCUGGACACCAGUGAGAAUCAGAACCCGUUGGUGCGUCGGCCAAAGAAAAUCCAAGGACACACGAACUUCUUCAAGUCUGGGAUUGGGCUCGGGCGACACCUCGUCUGCUCAGUGAAGACAUCUGCCUUGUCGACGACAAUCAAGGUGUAUGAACCUGUGGAGAAUCUUGCGAAGGGAAAGAAAAAGCCGUUGAGCAAGAUGUUCCAAAGUGGCCAGGAUGCCUUCAAACCCUUCAAGGAAUUUUACAUUCCUGCGGAAUCUUCAUCCGUCCAUUUCUUGCGAGCAACGCUCUGUGUUGGUUGUUCUCGUGGCUUCGAGGUUGUCAGUCUCGAAACCACUGAAAGACAAUCACUCCUAGACCAAGCAGAUACGUCCCUCGAUUUCGUCGCUAGGAAAGAGAACGUAAAACCCAUCCACAUCGAACGGAUGAACGGCGAGUUCCUCCUCAACUAUAGUGACUUCUCCUUCUUUGUCAACCGCAACGGCUGGAGAGCUCAACCGGACUGGAGAAUAGCUUGGGAAGGGAACCCGGUGGCAUUCGCGUUAUCGUACCCGUACAUUCUCGCCUUCGAAUCAAGCUUUAUUGAAAUCAGGCACAUUGAGAGCAGUGAGCUAAUCCAUGUCAUGACGGGACGAAAUAUUCGGAUGUUGCAUUCAUCUACGAGAGAGAUUAUUUAUGCAUAUGAAGACGAAGCGGGCGAAGAUGUAGUGGCUAGCCUGGACUUCUGGAACAAGCCCGCAUAAGCUGUCAUGAACGGGGGAGGAAACCUAGAAAGUAAGAAGAGAAAACAAUCACCAAAACAAAACACAAAAAAAAGUUGGCUUUUUUUAGAUACUUUUUCUUGCCCGCCUGUCUGCCCCAGAUGAUCUUCGACGAACAUUUCGUUCAAGCUUUGGUCCACAAACAUUUUCCAAACUAUCUUGUCGUCCUAUUUAUUUUUGAUAGAGGUCCUAUGUACGCAUUCUUUGUUUCUCCCUUCCCACGCAGAAUUACACGUACAACCAUUGGCGAGAAUACCCACGUUACUUCUUGACUUCUAUUCUAUUUCUUGUUGCUACUCCUUACUUCCUCCCCGUCGUCGUCAAUUCAUACCAUUAAAUUUGUCUUCGUCCCACAUUCUUCCCUUUCAAUCCAGCUUGUUUUAUUUUCCCCCGCCUUUUUUUUUUUUUUUUUUUUUUGUUAUUAUUAAUUUCCUUCUCAUUUCUCUUCGCGCUCUUUGGUUCUUCACUUUUUAUGUUCCUUUUUAUCCAGCUCCCUUAUAAUCUUAUUCUACCACUUGUCCCCCCCCUUUUUUUAUCAUAUUUAUCUUCGACUGUUACUUCCCACAUCCUGUCCCCUUUACCCACUGGAGCAAUUUUUACUUUACCUUAUCAAAGAGUACCUAUCUCAUGAAGUCAACCAACCUUUUUUUUUCCCGCUCGUCCCCCAUUUUAUUUUGUUUUGGCCGUGUUCCCCCCGCGCUUGCUUUUUUAUACCUGUUGUGUGUUUGUGUGCGUGUGUACAUUUCACGUUUGUUAUGUGAGCACAUCUAUUAAUUUCCGAGAGUAAUUUGCUGCUUUUCGUUUGGUUUCUUUUCUCUUUCUUUUUGAUUGCUUCGAGGUUUCCACUAAAUCAGAAAUUUUUUAUAUUCCAUUGAUCUGAUUCAACUCUUGAUGAGUAUGACUUUGAGACUUUUUUUAUAUUUAAAACUAAGUUAUUCUUUAUUUAGUAUUCCUAUUGGAUUGGUUUUUUUUCCCUUUUUUUUUCUUCCCUCUGGGAAUUGCGUCUUUUUGUCUUCCCCAUCUGUUUCCUUUAAGCUAUCAAUGAUCUAUUUUUAUUUUUCAUGCUACUAACUUCUUAAGAUCUACUGCUGCUGCUGCUGCGCCUUACCAUUGUUGAAUGAUGUUUCAUUUAAUCAACAUCCUAUCCCGAGGGUUCAAGUAGUUUUGUAGAUCCACCACACGAAUUAUUAUUCUCGAGGAAAAUAGCUAUAGUUAGCUAGGUACGCAUUCAUAAAAGUGCAUUUAUGAGCUACCAAGUUAGGUAAGGUCUGUGGAUGAAAAUGAAACCUCCCUGGCGAUACUUUGCUUAAUUUUCUUAAUUUAUUUUAUCUCAUAGAAUUUGUAAGUACUGUACAUGUAGAUAUAUAGCUACUUGAAGAUAGGAGGGCUAUAUUUCCAACGGCGUGACAAUAAACCGGGUAAAUUGUGGACGUCAAGGGACCCCAAGUAAGUGUCUUCCUAGAUGAAGUGCAUGUACAUGUACAUGUGAUUGAUGAUCAUAUAUCAUUUCUUUCUCAUUCUUCACAAUCAUCUCUC